CAGCUCAAGGAACAUGGAAGGUACUGCCAUGGCCAUCAGUCCUGGGGCAUCACAAUGCACUGACACCCUUCAGUGGCCACCAUGGGUGAACAGAAGGCAGGCUGGGCAGCCAGGGACACAUCACACUGGUGACAGUGCUGAACGUGACCUAACCCCAGCUGUCUUCCAGGCUGUUUGCUCUCAGCAGCCAUUCAACACUGACACCAGCACCUACAUUAACCAAAAUGUCCCAGGGAAAUGCACCAAAUUCCAGCCUUACACCAAACAAACACAUCACCAACCCACAGCUUCCCACGCAGCAGUAGCUCCUCCAGGACCAGCAGUGGCUGUAAAGCAGCACAGUGCAUUCCCUGGAUACACAGGAAUCCCUUCUGCAUCCCCUGGAUACACGGGAAUCCCUUCUGCAUCCCCUGGAUACACGGGAAUCCCUUCUGCAUCCCCUGGAUACACAGGAAUCCCUUCUGCAUCCCCUGGAUACACGGGAAUCCCUUCUGCAUCCCCUGGAUACACGGGAAUCCCUUCUGCAUCCCCUGGAUACACGGGAAUCCCUUCUGCAGCUCCCAGGCCAAGCUCAGCACUCCACUGGAGGGUUCUGCUGGCAGAGGAACAGCAGAUGGGGACAGCCACAGAGGCCUCUGCAACAGCUGCAGGUUUGCCCAGUCUGUUUCCAGCGAUGGGAGACUCUGCAAACACGAGCAGUGUUGGUAACACCAGUGGAGCACCCUCCUCUGCACAGUGUCCCCGUGACACCACCAUCACCCACCUGCUCUUCCCCGCGCUGUACACGCUCAUCUUCCUCCUGGGGCUCGUGCUCAACAGCCUGGCCUGCUGGGCUUUCUUCCACAUUCCAAGCACAUCGACUUUCAUUGUCUACUUGAAAAAUAUCUUAGUUUCCGAUUUUAUAAUGACCCUAAUGCUUCCUCUGAAGAUCCUGACAGACUCUGGCCUGGGACUGUGGCAGCUCAAAGCCGUUGUCUGUCGCUUCUCAGCCGUCAUAUUCUAUGACACCAUGUACAUCAGCAUAGUGCUACUUGGGCUCAUUGCUUUCGACAGAUUUCUCAAGAUUGUGAGACCUUUUGGGAAGUUCUGGGUGCAAAAUCUGACCUCAGCAAAGAUCCUGGCCAGUCUGGUCUGGCUCUUCUUCCUUGUUCUCUCUCUGCCCAACAUGAUCCUGUCCAACAAGACAGCGACGCCUCAGUCCGUGAGGAAGUGUGCCUCCUUGAAGAGUCACCUCGGACUCAAAUGGCACGAAGCCGUCAACUACAUCUGUCAGUUCAUCUUCUGGACUGUCCUCAUCCUCAUGUUGCUAUUUUAUAUAAUUAUUGCCAAAAAGGUAUAUGAGUCUUACAUAAAAACACAGAAGAAAGGCAACAGAAGCGAAAAACGGAUCAAGGGGAAAGUAUUCAUCAUUUUCACCGUGUUCUUCUUAUGCUUUGCCCCCUUCCACUUCAGCAGGGUCCCCUACACCCUGAGCCAAACGAGUGCCCACAUGGACUGCCGCCUGCAGAACCAGCUCUUCGUGGCCAAGGAGAGCACGCUGUGGCUGGCAGCCACCAACAUCUGCAUGGACCCCCUGAUCUACAUGUUCCUGUGCAAGCCCUUUGUGGAGAAGGUGUUGUACAGGAGGGUAAAAGCUCUUCAGAGAACAGUCCAGACAAACCCAAACACUGAACUGGACACACGAGUGUCUCCUACUGAGUCUUGAUCCUUCAACUGCACACUCUACUCUGCAUGUUCAUAGAGAACUUGAAAAAUAGUUUGGUUUACUUCUGCUGAACAGCACAAAAGGGUUUUUGCCGAGUCAUAUUAACACUCAAUAAAUGCAGCAAAAUGGA